CCAACGACUAAGCAAAAAUGGCUUCGUUUGGAGAUGAGACGAUUGAUAGUUACUUCUAUUCAUCUUACAACCCCUACUCAUACAGAUGUCCGAAACCAAAGAUCUGGCGAAACAAGAGUUAUUUUUCCUUCGGAGACGCGGAGACCUACUUUGACAACGACCAUCGCGCACAACUGAGGUCCAUCUUGGCACAAAUCAACCCCAAUCUGACGCCUAGGCUUCGAAGGCCCAACACCAAAGAUAUUGCGGUGCAGGUUAAUCCUAAAACCGAUGUAUCGGUGCAGUGCGCCCUGGGCCCGCGGACCCUGAUCCGAAACCGAAAUGUUUUGCGGAAAGGGGAUCGGGAAGCUCCGCUUCCAGUACGCAACGGGAGCGCAGUGACUCGUUACCCGCGCACCCUCGCCGUUUAUUCCCCGAUAACUUCCAGACGACUCACUUCCCUCCUGUCAGGAGUCAAGGGAGACAAGAGCGUAUCUAACCUCACAGGUGGCGAUGAAGACACCUUACUGAAAAGCGAGGGUUCCGAAAGUGAAGAGGCGACCGCAGAGAAGGCGGUCAACGAAAAGCUUAGUCCCGAGAAAGAUGGAAACGAGGAAAAAGACCUGUCAAACAUUACCGAUGACCAGAAAGACGAGACUCAAAGUGGAAAACAAAGCGAUUCUAAAAUCAAAGGACGCGUGAGGUUUCAGUUCCUGGAGCAAAAGUAUGGCUAUUACCACUGCAAAGAGUGCAACCUUCGCUGGGAGAGCGCAUACGUGUGGUGUGUGCAGGGAACCAACAAGGUAUACUUCAAACAGUUCUGCAGAACUUGUAAGAAGUCUUUCAAUCCUUACCGCGUUGAGGACAUAACCUGUCAGAUCUGUAACAAGUCCAGAUGCACAUGCCCAGCGACACCGCGUCACGUGGACCCCAAACGUCCGCAUCGUCAGGAUCUCUGCGGGAGGUGCAAGGGCAAGAGGCUGUCCUGCGACAGCACGUUCAGCUUCAAGUACAUCAUUUAGCCGCCCGUUGGAACGACGGCUUCCUUGCACUGGACUAUCUCUGACGGGACAAAGGCACUUGCUCUGCACAGCACUAUUUUGUUUUUGUAACGAUGAUUGAUUUUCAUCCUUUUGUUUUGUUGAAUGCUAAUGAAGGCUUAUAAUAAAUGACAAUCAGCAGCA